UGGAAUCUCUCCUAAAUCCACCAAACCAAACCAAACCGCUUCUCCCCUUUUCCCCUCCAAACAAAAAAUCCAUCCAUCCACCUUCCCCAUUCGGUGAGUCGUCUUCGUCGUCUUGGGUACUCGCGCGCGCCAGCUCACUCCCAGAUCUCCCCCCUCCUCUCCUCCCCGUCUCAGAUCUCCACCGCCGCCGCCGCCGAAACCCUAGCCCAGCCCCCCGCCUUCCGCCGCGCGCGCGGGGGUGACCUCCGCGCCGCCGCCGCCAUGGGCAUCGUCUUCACGCGGCUCUUCUCGUCGGUCUUCGGCAACCGCGAGGCCCGCAUCCUCGUCCUCGGCCUCGACAAUGCCGGCAAGACCACCAUCCUAUAUCGGCUGCAGAUGGGGGAGGUCGUCUCCACGAUCCCAACGAUUGGGUUCAACGUGGAGACGGUGCAGUACAACAACAUCAAGUUCCAAGUCUGGGAUCUCGGUGGUCAAACAAGCAUCAGGCCAUACUGGAGAUGCUACUUUCCAAAUACCCAGGCUAUCAUUUAUGUUGUCGAUUCAAGUGAUACAGAUAGGCUUGUAACGGCAAAAGAAGAGUUUCAUGCUAUCCUUGAGGAGGAUGAGCUAAAAGGUGCAGUUGUCCUUGUAUAUGCGAAUAAACAGGAUCUUCCAGGUGCACUUGAUGAUGCUGCCAUAACGGAAUCAUUAGAACUCCACAAGAUUAAGAGCCGUCAAUGGGCGAUUUUCAAAACAUCUGCCAUAAAAGGAGAGGGCCUUUUUGAAGGUUUGGACUGGCUCAGUAAUGCACUGAAAUCCAAAAGCAGCUAAUUUAGGAGCCUCUGUUCCAUGGAUCAUUGCUUGAUGGUAAAGAACAGGGACACUGCUCCCUUUUCCUCACAAGUCUGCGUGAGAACCCCCAUUCUCUUUGUUUUAACUCCAGAAGUUUUAUACCAUCGAUUAUCUGUAAAGUGCUUGUUAAAGUUUUCGGAUACGACUUUAGAUGUACCUCCAUAUUGAGAUCAAGAAUAGAUUUGUAGAAAAUGACGAGCAAACUGUCAGGACUCUUGGUCACUGGUGGCUUUACCCGUAAAUCCCUUCUAUUGUGACAUUUUUUUCCGAUGAUUGAACACGCCUAAUUUCCACCUUGUCGCCGAGUUU